GGCGGUGGUUCCUUUCACCUUAUGUCUUCUCAUCUCGUGCGCGCCGGAGCCUGUUGCUUCGACCGUGCCUUGCCGACUCUCGGCCAGUUGCGUUCCGACGGCGUACACAAGCGGGUCUCUGUCGAUUUCCGAUCCAUUCGUCACAGUGCGUAACACUGCUGGUCAGUGACUUUGAAUCGCGCGCCAUCAACGUCCUGCUUUCGUGUGUGUGUCUGUGUGUGAUCCUUAUCCCUGGUGCAUGUCCCUGCGUCUUUCCGUCUUCCACUGCUGCUGGUGUGUCCGUGCGUGCUGUGGUGCUGUUGUGUCCCCGUAUUGAUCUCCGUCCACUGCUCGCGAGGUUACGAUGAGCAAGUUCGAGAUUUCGGAUGAUGCGGACGAGCUGAACCAGGAGAUCGAUGAUACCAACUUUCCGACGCGCUCCAACUCGAUCAGCUUCGGUGCGGCGAAUGGUAAUGGUUCCACCGGGAGCCUAAACAACGGGUACGGACCGUUCGCCAACAGGCGUCGGUCCAGCAGUAUCCGACGCACCGAGAGCGAAAUGACCGAGGGUGACGAGAAUGGGGCGGAGGCGGCCGCGGAGUUGACCGGUGAGGCGGUCAAUAACAACGGUGGUGAAAAUGGCGCCUCGACCAACGUUACGGCGAUCAGCGGUGGCCUUAAUCGGGCCCGUCCAACACCGAUCCGCACGAUCAGUCUGUCAGGUGAGGCAAGCAAUGGGACGGACAACGGUGGCACCACCACCACCACCACCACUAACCCGGCCAGUGCACCACCACUUAACAGCACUCCGAGGGCCAUCAUGACGCCAGGACACGAAAAAUGUACCUUCCACCAUGAUCUGGAGCUCGACCACAAACCGUCGACCCGGGAGGACCUGCUGCCGCUGAUGUCCAAGUCCUACCGGAUGCUGCUGUCGAGCCUGGGCGAAGAUCCGGAACGUCAGGGACUGCUGAAAACUCCGGAGCGGGCCGCCAAGGCAAUGCUCUUCUUCACCAAGGGUUACGACCAGAGUUUGGAAGAGGCCUUGAAUGGUGCCGUUUUCGACGAGGAUCACGACGAAAUGGUCGUGGUGAAGGACAUCGAAAUGUUCUCCAUGUGCGAACACCAUCUGGUACCGUUCUACGGUAAAGUUUCGAUCGGUUACUUGCCCUGCAAGAAGAUUCUCGGCCUAAGCAAGCUGGCCAGAAUUGUGGAAAUCUUCUCACGCCGCCUUCAGGUGCAGGAACGGUUGACCAAGCAGAUCGCGGUCGCCGUCACACAGGCGGUACAACCGGCAGGUGUUGCUGUCAUCAUCGAAGGAGUUCACAUGUGCAUGGUGAUGCGUGGCGUACAGAAGAUCAACAGCAAAACGGUCACCUCGACCAUGCUGGGCGUCUUCCGGGACGAUCCGAAGACGCGCGAAGAGUUCCUGACGCUCUGCAACAACAAGUGAGCCCGCAUGAGCCUGCAUCGAUCGCCGUCGGCCCCAGCAGACACUGCACCGGCGGUUUGCCAGCACGAUGCGUCCGACGAAACGUGGGGCGAGGGAGUAUUAAGAGACGGAAGACACUGAUGUCUUCGUGCAACUCGUUUAGGGAAAUCCGUUUAGGGAAACAUGCAACCACAUACCCGAUAUACUCGAUUUUAGCUGCCAGAUGUUUGGAGAGAUUUUAGGCUAUUUUUUGGUCGUACAGUGUUGCUUGAGGAUGAUUCCGGGAUGGUAUGAAAACAGUUUCAAAAGCAAAACAUCACUAUCUUUAUCCAUUGUUGUUGUGAAUGUGUGCGUGCACAUACACACACACACCAUGUGCGCAUGCUCUUGUUGUGUCCAAACCGUUUUACGUGAGCAAAGAAGGACAAUAAUCCAGCUUAUCUCAUCCUUUUAAAAUGUUGCUCUCUAGAUAGCUGGGAAGUACGGUCACACCGAGAAUACAUUUUAAUCCAUAUAUUAGUAAGAAAUAAAGCAACUGUUAUCAAAAAUCAAAUAAAAGCAAAGCUGUAAAUGUGAGUGAAUGUUUCGA